AAGCAUCGAUACGUUAGAUGUUGUCGAGGCAUGUCGAGCCCAGUGUCAAACCGGAAAGUCACAGAAACGAACCUCAUAUGAGCAUAGUCCCGGCAAAGCUCGAUCUCUGGCCGAUGCAUUCUAGCCUCUAAUCGAGUCCAGUUCCAACUGAUUCUGGGAAGCUCUACAAUCUCUAAGCUGCAACGAGAAUUAGUCAAAUUUCAAUAGUAACAGUAUUAACGAUCAAAUCGGAUCUUCUAUCAAUUUUAUGUUACCUGUUCUUUACAUGUGUCCAGACAAGCUUCCAGUUUCUUUUUAUUCCGAUGCAAAGUCUCCAUUUCUUUCAGCAAACAUUUUUCCAGAUCGUCAUGGACGAGUUCUAUACCUGUAUAGAUACGAUAAUUAUCCUCGUUCCGUUUUCCAUCUAUCUAUAUAUGUAUCUAACUUGUCGUUAGUCUAGUUCCUCUAUAUCACCUUUUCUAGCUUCUCUGUGGUAAAGGCAUUCCUCUGCGAUGUGUAUCGGAGCUUCAAUGUCUUUAAUGGCUUUUUCUAGAACGGAACGGCAAUCUUGAACUCUUUCGAUUUCCUGAAGUAAUCUUUCCAACUCGGAUGCUACUUCGUUUCGCCAGAAAUUCACAUCGUUUAUUCUUUCUCCGAGCCUUCUACCAGUAUCGUAUUGUCCGUGUUGCACCUUUUCCUCCGCCUCUCUAACACAUUAAUCUCUGAUCAGACAUCGAAGUUAUAUCGGAGCAAAGAUCCGAGAAUUUUACUGAGAUCGUCUAAUGUGUGUUUAUAAUACCUAAUAACGCGUAACGCAUCGUUUCGUAUUCUUUCCGAAAAAUGUCUACACGAAUCUGCUUCAUUGUAGGAUUUAACUUGUUUCUCAAACCAUUCGUUGGGUGUGUAUCGCGUAUGAAGGGCGGUUGUCGUCGCGUGUGCAGGAUUGCGAUCAUAUCCUGUUAAAAGAUUCGGGAACUUCAAUGGAGUUAUACCAUUCCCAGCAGAGUUCUCAGACACCGAGCUCGUCACUCUAGAAGCACUAGUGAAGAUGCGAAUAUGUGGGUAAUAGUUGAUUCCACCGAUAAAGAAAAUGAUCGAAGCAAUAAAUCGAUGAAAACUUACAAUGGAAGAAUUUCGACAUUUUCGUAGCCUACGUUUUGACGCCAAGGCGAUUUAUCCGACGAUAAACAAAGACACCUGUUACAGAUGGUCCGACAUGAUUCAAUGCAAAAAUCUCUAGUUAAAUGAAUGAGAAAAAUAUGACAAAAUUAAAAAUUAAUCGAAAAUAAAGAUAAAUACGACUGACGAAUAUAUUAGUCAUCCCUGAUUAACACAUUCGUUUGAAGCUUUUAGAUAAGUGAAAGCGUAAAGGCAUUGAGAUCGGAAAUAAAAUAAUUAUUUAAAUUCAUACAUCUCAACAUAAUCUAGUCUUAAAGAGCAAUAAGUGUACAUAUUUGACGAAAUCUCGAAAAUAAGCAUAAAAGUUUAUUUCAUGCUUAUUUUUAUUCGAAAUAUUUAUACAUGUAAACUUUUAUUUCUUCUGUCUUCUACGUUGCAAUAAGAUAGUAAAAAUCAUAUUUUUUGCCAAUUAGUGUUUCAAGUUAAUCCUCUAUUGAUCGUAUGCCCAAAGAAUUAUCGAUUAUGAUUAUUUAGUUAUAAUUCAACAUGGCAGACGUACCUACUAACGCACCGCAACUAUUUUUUUAGAUUGUCCUGGUACGGCUAGCAAAGAUGCUGGUAAAGCAUCUAUGUGCGCUGGUUGUCCUAAUCAAACAUUAUGCGCAUCUGGUUCCACGAAACAAUUUGAUCCAGAUGUAGAUCUCAUUAAGGAGAGACUUUCUGCGGUUAAAAAUAAGAUACUUGUAUUAUCUGGUAAAGGUGGUGUUGGAAAAAGUACCAUAACAUCGUUGGUAUCCAGAUCUUUAGCAGCAAACAAUCCUCAUACAAAUGUGGCUGUGUUAGACAUAGAUAUUUGUGGGCCAUCUCAACCAAGAGUAUUAGGUGCAUUAGGGGAACAAGUUCAUCAAAGUGGAUCAGGAUGGUCACCAGUGUAUAUAGAGGACAAUUUGUCUUUAAUGUCUAUCGGAUUUUUACUUGCUAGUCCUGAUGAAGCAGUAAUAUGGAGGGGACCAAAAAAAAAUGGUAUGAUUAAGCAAUUUUUAUCGGAGGUCGAUUGGGGCAAUUUGGACUACCUCAUUUUGGAUACACCUCCAGGAACAUCUGAUGAACAUCUAUCAGCAACAUCAUAUCUUAAAAAUGUUGGUAUUACAGGAGCAAUAAUUGUAACAACUCCACAACAAGUUGCUUUAUUGGAUGUGAGGAAAGAGAUUGAUUUUUGUAGAAAAGUAAAUAUUCCAGUUUUAGGUGUUAUUGAAAAUAUGAGCAUCUUCAUUUGUCCUAAGUGCAAUGACUCUGUUGAGAUAUUUCCUGCACUAACAGGCGGCGCCCGUAUGAUGGCCAAAGAAUUGAAUGUGGAUUUUUUUGGUUCUAUACCGCUAGAUCCACUUUUGGCCAGAUGCUGCGACGAAGGUAAAAACUUUUUGACGGAAGUUCCAGAAUCACAGACCGUUCUGGCAUUACAGGUUAUUGUACAAAUGUUGCACGUUUUAUUUCAGAAAUUCUGGAAAAAUGUGAGAAUAAGAAAGAAAUUUGUCAAAUGAAUUCAGCGUGAAAAAAAUAACAUAUUCCUUUUUAUAUUAAAAAAAGAACUAGAUGUAUAUUAAAAUUCUGUAUAAAUGUAAUAAAUACCGACAUACUUUCGUAUAUGUACCCGUUUUGAAUGCUACAACAUCAAUGUAUAAUUUUGUAAUGGCAAAUUUACUAUAUUGUCUAAUAUAGUACAUAUAUACGUAUUUUGUACUUAACAAACAUUUGAAACAAUAAUUUCAAUAUUGGAACUAAUGUAUUAUAUAUUAAAUGGAAAUAAUUAUGAA